AGCACCAUCCGGUCAAGUCCUCUCUUUUUCUAACUCCAAUAAAAAAAUUUGACAAUAUUAUUAACAAAAUAAAUAAACAAUUAUUGUUUAACAAAAUGUUUUCAACAAAAUUAUUAUCAUUUAUACCUAAAAACAUUGUUGUCAGAAAAAUGGCAACUGUACAAAGGUUUUAUAGAAAAGUAAAUAUAUUAAAUAGUGGUGAUAAAUAUGAGGUAACAUUGGAUCAAAAAAAAUUAAAAACACCAAAAGGACAAGUAUUUGAAGUUAACAGUAAACCAUUAGCACUUGCUGUUGCAAUGGAAUGGGAAAGUCAACAAGACAUUAUCAACAGAGGCAAUAUGCAUUUGACAACUUUGUGUAACACAUAUUUGGAUAAUCCUCAUCAACACAAUCGACUGGAUAUUGUAAAUUACAUUACAAAUUAUCUUGAAACUGAUACAGUUUUAUUUCAACCAGAUGAUCAUGAAGAACUCACUAAAUUACAACAAGAAAAAUGGGAUCCAAUAAUUCAGUGGUUUUGUGAUAGAUAUCAAAUUGACAUGACCAAAACUAAAAGUAUGAGUCCACCAGUUAUACCAAUUAAAUCUAAAGAUAUAAUAGCAAGACAUAUGGCUUCAUAUGAUUUGGCACCACUCAUAGGAUUCAUGUAUGGAAUUGAUGUUAUAAAAUCUGUUAUUUUAAUGUUUGCUGUUUGUGACAGACAUAUUAGUGUUGAAGAAGCUGUUGCUUUGUCAAGACUUGAAGAAGAAUUUCAGAUAUCUCAUUGGGGCAAUGUUGAAUGGUCACAUGAAUUAAGUAAAUAUGAUCAACAAUCAAGAUUGGCAGCUGCUGUAUUAUUUAUUCAUCUUCAAACAUCAUCAGUAACAACAAAGUCACCAAAAAUGAACAAUACAUAAUAAUGAUAAUAAUACAAAUAAGCUAUUGUAUUUUUUAUUUAUAAAAAUCUAGACAAAGUUUAUUAAAUUAAUAAUAAUAAUAUAAACAACAUAAACAACUGGACAAUAUAUUUGAAUAUUUACCAAUAAAACCAUCAGGACAUGUACAGUUGUAGUAUGCAAUACCAUCAUUACAAGUACCACCAUUUAAACAUGGAUUUGACCAACAAUCAUCCCAAUUAAUUU